AUGGAUUUCAACGCAGGGUGUGAGAAAGGAAUGACCUGGAUUCUGGAGAAGAUCUUGCAGGAAAGUGACGAUCUUGAGAAGACCAUGCAGGAUUGUUCACGACGGCAACCGGACCAGAUCGUCAUGGAUGGCUGGACGGGAUCAACUUUUGUUGGCUGGAAACUUCCAGAAGGCCGGCGGCCAUAUGGAUGGCACAUGGGCGAGCUCGAUCUCUGGCUGCGGUUCAGGAGAGCACGGCUUCGUGACGAGGUCCCAAACUCGAUGGGCUGGUUCUUGGCUGCAGAAACGGAUCCACGGCAGGUCCUUGCCAACAGGGAGACGGCGGCGGAACAAACCACGCACAAGAUAGAGAGAGGGAGAGCCCGGCGCAGCUUCAGGGGUGGCUCCUCACCUCCGCGCGAGCUCGGCGGCUCGGUCCUCGUUGGUUGA